AAAUGCAAAAUCAGACAUCUCCCAACAGAUAUCCAAGUGUGACCGAUCAUAUUGGAUCGGACUUAAUACAGUUCGCAGGCGUUAAAAGAUUCACAAAGUUUUAAAAUGUUCGGAAGUGUGAAAUUAAUUGUUGGUGUUCUUCAGAUCGGAAGUUACGUUUUAGUUAAUCGGGCGAGUCCAGUGACAAAUUUCGACCGUGGUGGUGAUACGUUUGUCUUUGAGCUACCAAAAACCCAAUCACAAGACGUACAAAGUUUAUCAUCUCGCAUAUCGUCCCUCAGUGCGUCGGGUCGAAGUUAUGGUGAAGCAUCAACUCAAAAUCAACCAUCAUCAGCCAAUGGUCGCAUAUUAAGUCAACCGAGUACUCCCGAUAAGGACGCUAUAACUUAUCCGGAUGACAUAAUUCGAGAUAGUUAUGGUAAUAUUGUGACACCAUACACCUUGUUACUGGAUGAUCCUGCGUCUGUGCCCACAUCUACGGCUAAGCCAUCAAAUGUUGGACUUCUUACCGAUGUUAACCGAGACAAUGGACAACAUUUGCAAUUCGCCAUACCCAGUUAUUCCGAUGGUAUUACCGAGAUUCAGGGCCCAUAUAAACCGUCGUUGACCUUGCUUCCUCCACUAAGUUCUGGGAAUUACAAUUAUCCCUCUCUUGAUAUGCACAAACCAUCGGCAACAGUGGCGGCAGAUAAUAGUUACCAAAAUGAGGUUGGUGGAUCGUUUUCAUCAUCAGCACAGAGUAUCAACCCAGUACCAACUGGACCUACGGCAAUAACUACAAAUGGACAUAUCGGAGUUAAUAAUAAUCCUCCAAGCAUUCCUUCACUAGAUUUAGAAGCUCCGCUACAGUCCCCAUCAGUAGUUCCUAAUCAAUCAAAUACACCAACAUCAUACGAAGCUAAGACUGGCACAUCGUCUUCCAGCAUUUCCAGCUUUCCAUCAGUUCCUAAUAAUCUAUCACCUAAUAAGGCUCCCGCUCCACAAGGAUCAUCUGAUUUCAGUGCCAUCCAUGUGAAGUCACCUGAUAAUAAUGGACCCAGUUCGUCAUUCUCCUUUGCAAACACAAAACCAUUGAAGGAUACCCAGUUCGUAAAUCAAACUCCAAUUAACAUUCAAGUAGACAGCGGAAAAUAUACAGGAGGGUUCGGUGGAGCGCCUGGCAUAUUGGGAGAACAAAAAGUGCCAGGCUAUGCCGUUAAGCCAUCAGUUAACAAGCCGACAUUAAGUGCACCCACCUCUCAAGUCAACAAUGAUCAUCCCGGUCUAAAUUCUGUACAUUCACAAUCUCCGCCCAAUUCGCAGAAUAUUGGAACCCAAAACGCUUUACCUAAUGGUUCGCAGCAAUCCAUUUUACCCAAUCAAAACAAUUUUCAAAUUAGUGUAGCUCCAACAACAAAGCCCAACAACGUCAAUCAAAGUGGAACGUACGGACAAUCAAACAGCAAUCAUGGUUCAUUUCAAUUCGGUACGGCUUUUUCGCCGAAUCCGUUGCCUAGUUCGCAAAUAAGCAAUACCGGCAAAUAUACCGGAGGCUUUGGUGGUCCGCCAGGAAUAUACUCGCCAUAUGAUAAUGUCAAAGCUGGCAAAAAUGUCGCCACUGACAACAAUCCACCAUCAAAUGCAGAUCCGACAAGGAAGUACUAAAACGUAAUAGCUGUAAGCCAUAAUUUAUUAAAAUAUUUUAUGUUUGAUCUUUACAAUUAAAUAUAAUUUUUUAAGUGUC